UUGACCAAGAUAAAUAGCCAUAGUAGUAAAUCUAUAAUCUAUCGCUUAUAGUUAUAUGACUAAGCUAAAACUAAAACAUUGUAGAUCCAAGUUUACAUAAAGUGAACAUUGAUAUAGAUCUAAGCCUUUUAUCUAUCCAUAUUUCAAAUCUCAUCUGACUAUAAGCAGAGAUCAGCUUCGAUUGGAAAUGGCUGAAACAAGAGCUAACAAAACUAAAAGAGCCAAGAGAGUGACAGAACGUGGUGACCUCAAUAAGUACAGACCCGUUUGUAAAAAGAAUCCUGGCCAUGAACUUUUCAUCCCCGUGCCAGAGUUUACCGUCAACCAUCUUCCCGAAGGCUUCAGGGACUCGAACAUUUACGAAGCCAUUAGAGCUCUGGCUGACCUCACCGUGCGUAUUGAUGUCACCUACACUAGCCCAGAUAGACCAGAGUUCUACCCUGGUACAGAUGCCCCAUAUCCAUUUUACCACGAGCGGGAGAGCCAUGUGAUGAGAACAGGGUCAGGCUGGGUGGAGGAAGUAAGGAAAUAUGGGAAAGCUGACAACAAGGCCUGCCCAUGUUUCGCCUGCCAGCAGUUGCCAACUCCAAGUAAGGUAUGGGGUGAGUGCCAUGUCGUGACGGCUGCUUUGGUUGUUUUCGAUGAUGUAGAGGCCCGUCACACGACCUGCAGAGUUGGUUUCGACAGCAGCACAAUACAGGGGGUCAACCUUGACGGCGUCCAGAUUGUAACAACGGAUAUAGCUGGAGACAGGUGUGUCUUCUCCUGUGUCACGCACGACAUCGCCUUGAUUGACAGACUGGAGAAGACUAUGGACCUUUAUGAAACUUUGGACUGGAAGGUCAAUUCAAAGUAUUUCCCCACCAAGGACAAACACAAGGUCGCCAUCAUUGUCUCACACCCUCACGGCUGUGCCAAACAGGUCUCCAUCGGCAAGUGGAUAUACCGGUUGGAUCUCGGGAAAGAUCGGACGAAGUACACUUAUAACACAUGUACAUGUCCUGGCAGCACGGGUGCGCCAGUUUACAUCCUCGGCAGGGAUGGUGGUAUAUCUAACCACAAUCACAGUGGCGCCAAUGCAGACGGUAACUACAGCGGAACAUGGCAAGGAUAGACCUAUCCCCUAAACCUUACACAUUUUUAUUUCUACACAAAAAAUUUUUUUUUCCAUAAUUGUUAUUAAUAUAUUGUAAUCUAUAAAGUAUAUUUUUAUAAUGUAAAAUUUUUAUCACUGAAAUUUUGUUUAGUUAAUGGAAUCAUUUUUCUUUUUGGGACCAUUUUUCUUUGUAUGGACUUGAUCUUGUUAGCAUUCGUUUAUUGAAUGUAUAAGGUUUUAUUGCUAGAAUCUAGCUGAGUAAUUGUACCUAUUAACAUUAACUUUGUCAUAGAUGAUAAGCCAACAGCCACUUUUUAAAAAUUAACUUCAAAUCUUGUUUUGCUGAUACAAUAAAUGUCUUUAAGUUUUUCUUAAUUAUUAUUUUUUUAAUAUAAAAUGAAAAUAUUUCCUUGGUAAAAUUUUUCAGUUAACCUUUUUUUUUAAAAUGUAAAUUUCAGUUCUCUAUAGCUUGUUUUGGUAGAAAAGCUAACAUUUCUGCUUUGUUUAACCUUAUUGAGGCUUGGUGCUACAUGGUUUGGUUGUUUUUUUGUUGUUUUUUUUUAAUUAUUUUUUUUAAUAAAAUUGUGGUUAUGAUUUUAUUAGAACAUUGCAAGCUUCUAGAUAGUAAAGGUGUUUAAAAACGUGUAUAGUACAUGUUUGGUAUAUCAGUUAAGGGAGUAAUAUCUCAGUUGUAAAGCGCUUGGCUUCCGUACCCAGAGGUCUUGAGUUCCAAUCCUGUUGUAAACUGUGCUUUUGAACUUAUGGAUUUUUUUAGGAUGCCCCGAGUCCGCACAACUCUAAUGGUACCUGACGUUAGUUGGGGAAGGUAAAGCGGUUGGUCGUUGUGCUGGUCACAUGACACCCAAGUUGGCCAUAGAAACGGAGGAGUUGAACAUUAUUUUCUCCCUAAGAUCACUUGGUCUGAAAGGGGUAUGCUUACUUUUUUUUUUUUUUUAAGUACAAUAGAGCUGUUUUAAAAGGCUGAUAGUCUAUAUUAGACUGCCAAGUUAUGUCCAACUUACAAUCAAAAUGUCUCAAGAAUGUUAAAUCUUGUAUUACAAAAUCAAAUACUGCAGAAACCAAAAUGGUUAACCUUCUCCAAUUAUCGUUCUUGAAAACUCUUGACAUACUGUCGGCACUUCUAAACCCCCCCAGACAUCUUAAUAUCAAUAACUUUAGUUUUCUGGUUUACAAUUAUCUUUUAACAUCUCUCAGAAGAACUCUUUCGUAUCACAUCUCCAACGUCAUUAUCAAACAACCCUGACUACAAGAUCCUUCCUUCUGAUUAUAAAAGAAAAUUCACUUGAUAUGAAAUGGAAUGCAUCAAAGAUUAUUAAAAUAGAAGAACAAGAUAAAAUAUGUUUCCUUGAAUUUGUUUUGGAUGCCCUAUUCAUUUUCCUUGCAGAUCUUUUCCUGGUUAGUUUUUGUGUGUUUUUCAAGGUUUUUACAUAAUGUAUUUGAAGUAACAAAACAAUAAAGAUUUAGGGGGGCAUGGUGACUUAAUGGUAAAGUGCUUGCCUUACGAAUUGGGGGAUCUCAAGUUCAAAUCUCGUGAUCACUGGGAUUUCGAACUUCAGGAUUUUUAGGAUGCACCCGAGACCACUCAGCUCAAUUAGUACCGGACAUGUUAUGGAAAGUAAAGGUGAUUGGUUGUUGUGCCGGCCACAUGACACUCUAGUUAACUGUUGGCCAUGGGAACAAUCUUAACAUCAUCUUCCCCCAUAGUUUGUAGGGUUUGAAAGGGUUUCCUUUACCUACCUUUUAAAAAGAAGUAUUGAUUCCUAUCAAAUGUUGACAGAAAGAGUGAAAAUUUGUGUUUGAAAUUUGGCUGCUCUGGUAGUCCUAGUCCUGGAGAUCAGCCUUUUGUUCUUUCGAGCCUUUGUUAGGGAUAAGCCUUCCUUUUUUUUUUGUUGUAAGUUGGUUCUUGUUCACCAGCUAACAUCUCAUUUUUCUCAAAGGGCAUUUCAAAUUGAGUGUUAAAAAGUAUUCAUAUAUUACUGCAUCUUAAGUUGUACACAAAUAAAUAUUUUCAUUUAAAGAGCACAAUGUGAUUCUGUGUAAUAUACAUUUAUUAUUUAGUUACUAUUUUUUUUUAUUUUGUGCUAAGUUAAAAACUAGUUUAUUUGAAAGAUGGUUGGAUGAGAAAAUUAUAAACAUUUUAUUUUCCUUAGUUUUGUAUAUUUGACUGCAUUGUUUUUCACAAAUAUCAGUCUGUAUUUAUUUUUAAAUCUAUAUUAAUUGUGACAAGAAGUAUAAAACAAAAUACCCUAAAAAAAAUUGGAAGGAAAAAAAUAUGCUUCAGAAAAUCUCUGAAAAUGGUCAUCGUUAGUUUAAAGGCAGGGCCGGCCUUAGGAAUAGGCAAACUAGGCAGUCAGCUAGGGCCUCGCAAUGAAGAAAUAUUUUUAGAAAAGAAAAAUUGUGAAACAUGGAUCAAAUUUUAAACUCUAUGUUACUGGACUAGCUCUAAGUCAUACUAUAAUUCAAGGCUUAUUCUCCAAUGUUUAAAUCUACUUGUUAGACUACAUAUAUGUUAGAAGACCAUUAUUUCUUUCUUUUGAUGAAAUGUCACAACGCUAUUUCUAAUCUGGUGAUCAUGACUCAUCUAUGAAUCACAUUCCUACUAUCAGCUCUCUAUGAAUAUAACUUUUUUUGCUGAUUUAGAUACAGGAGAGUUUUUAAUUCAUUGCAUAUUUUUUGGCCUUAAUUUUUUUUUUUAAUUUCAUUUUGGGGCCACUCUAUUCGCCUAGGGCCUCCAUAAUUUUUUUUUUCUUUUCUGUUUCAUUUUGGGGCCACUCUAUUCGCCUAGGGCCUCCAUAAUUUUUUUUUUCUUUUCUAUUUCAUUUUGGGGCCACUCUAUUCGCCUAGGGCCUCCAUAAUUUUUUUUUUCUUUUCUAUUUCAUUUUGGGGCCACUCUAUUCACCAAGGGCCUCCUUAAUUUUUUUUUCUUUUCUGUUUCAUUUUGGGGGCCACUCUAUUCGCCUAGGGCCUCCACUUAUCAAAGGCCGGCCCUGUUGAUGGUGUUUGAAUGUAGUCAUCUUGAUCAAAAUUUAGGCUGUCAUAAUAGAGUCAGCGUGUCAGUGAGUGACAUUUUUAAAUAUUUUUGACAAAGUGAACUAUAAGAAUGACACUUUGUUGUUUUUAAUUGGAUCAUUCCAAAAAAGGUUUGUUAUAAAAUAAAUUCAAUCACUGAUGUUUGCCUACAAAAGUGAGUUGAUUUAAACACUUGUAUAUUUUGUGCCUAGUUUUAAUGAGAGUUAAGGCAUCUGCAGAAAUAGUCAAUGUUUCGGCAUAUGAUAACUGGCCAGUGUUUUGAGAAAGUGUAAUUGGUCAUUGUUUUGGCAGAGUAUAACUGGCCAAUUUUUAGGCAUAAUAUGACUGGCCAAUGUUUUCGUAUAGUAUAGCUGGCCAAAAUUUUGGCAUAGUAUGACUGGUCAGUUUUUUAUUUAUAGUAUAACUGGCUAAUUAUAGUUUAACUGGCUAAAGUUUUUUUUAUAGUAUUCUUCUUCUUCUAACCAGCUUUAUCCAGUUUGUUAGGCAUGUUCAUUUCGUUGUACAUGGCUCUGCCUGUGUUUCCUGUUGCCCAUUGGUUGAGCCACUCCUCUUUGUGAUUGUUGACUAACAUUGACCUUAGGGUGAAGUAGUUAACUGGUCUAUCUGGUUGUUCUUAAGAUGAACCUGCCUUUGUUAGCUUAUCUACCUUUUCAUUUCCUAUUAUACCAAUGUGUCCAGGGAUCCACUGUAGUGUGAUAUUGAUAUUUAAUUUUUAAAAAAUCAUCUGAUGGAUUAUCACAAUGAGUGUUGUCAACUCUCUUGGGCUGCUUGAGGUGCUGCUGUUAAGUGCUUGCAGAGUAGAUUGGGAAUCUGUAAAGACAACAAUAUCUGAUGGUGAUUGCACUCCUACAUAUAAUUUUUUUUUCCCCACUGUCUGUAAUGCUAUGGUAAUUGCCGCAGUUUCGGCUUGAAAGUUUGAGUAGUAUAAAACUGGCCAAUGUUUUGGUAUAGUAUAAAUGGUCAAUAUUUUGUUAUAGUAUGACUAGCCAAUCUUUUGUUAUAGCAUUACAUGCUUUUGGUAAUGAAAUACUAAGCCUUAUAUCUUUCUCUACACUUUUUUGUAGCACCAAGCCUCAUGUGCUAGUUUAUUCAUAUUUUUAUUUCUAAAAUUUAAUUUAGUAAUUGCCAAAAAAAAAAAAGUAUCUUUUAAUUUUUGAUUGACAUGAAUUCUUAUUAUUGAUUUUAAAAUUCUUGAUAAAAAUUGGCAAAAUAACUUUCAUUUUCAUAAUCAUAUUCACUGCAACAGCUGUCUUUUGUCUUGAUUAACUCCCCUACUUUUAGAGGGCGCUGCUUCACUGAUCUUUCUCUUUAUUCAAUUAUUCGUCUCUUUGCUUAAAGCUCUCAAUUAGUUGAUAUUUUUGUUAUGUCCUGAGAACUGUUGGUCCAAAUCUUGUUAUUAU